AUGCGCGGAGCCGCUCUCCCCGGGUGCGCAUGCGCGGACAGGCCGCUCGGCGGGCUGAGCUCCCGGAUCGCCCAGUCCUGUGGUCCCCGCGGCUUCAGCUGUGGCCGGGGGGGUGGAUUCCAUUUACGGGAGGCCGCUCCCCCCCACUUAUCACUCAGCAUGAGCUGCGCGUCAUUCGAAACCCUGACCGAGGAAAUCCGCCUCAAGCGAGGCGCUUCAGGGCUGGGAUUCAAUAUUAUUGGAGGAACCGACCACCAGCACUUUUGUAAUGAUAGUGCAAUCUAUGUAACCAAAAUUAAAGAAGAUGGACCUGCAGCUCUUGAUGGGCGUUUAAAGGAACAGGACCAAAUCUUAGCAAUCAAUGGGCGAGAGCUCUGCAACUUGACUCAUCAGGAAGCCGUGGAAAUAUUUAGAAGUUCAGGUGAUGAGGUGACACUACUCGUUUUAAAAAAGAUAAAAACCAAGAAUAAUCAAAUCGACGUGUCUGGUUUCUCACCACUAGUGUUGGCAGCACUUGGUAUAGCAGUGUUGGCAAUGUUCGUAUACGUGAAAUAUCGCCGUAGGUUAUGAAAAUGCAAAUACUGAUGUCUUUUACUAUAGGGCAAUAAUUUUUAAAACCCUAUAUUUGCUGCUGCUUAUUUGUGUGCUUAGUCAGAUGUUAGCUUUGAAAUUUGUAAGCUACUAUAGGAUCUUAAAGGGAAUGCACACACACACCAAAUGCCCGUGUCGUUUAUAUACCACAGAUAAUAAGUUGCAAUGCUUUGCAACUUUCUCCUUUUUAUUUCCUGGAUGUAAUUUUUCUGAAGGAACAACUAAAGAUUUCCCAUAAUUUUAGAACAUAAGCAUGAAAGAUGGUGCAACCUAUACACUGGAAAUUUUUUAAAGACAGGACUUGGAAAAUCCUUCAGGAGUGAUUGAUCAGGCAAAGAUUUCACAGCUAGAUCGUAUGAAAAAAAUUAAGGGUUAAAAUUUUAGACAAGUAAUCACAUUUCAGUGUGUGACCUCUCAUACACUGGGGAAGAAAGUGUUUAGAAUCUAAUUUAAUAAUCUAUGUUCUAACAAUUGGUAUCUUUCAACAACUGAUUGCUUCUGUAAGUAGUGUAUGCUCAAACAGUUGAAAAGCCUGUUGGUAAAUAUGGCACGUGCACUAUUUUUGCGUUAGGAUAAAAUCACAUUUCUCAAAAUGUUGUUGAACUAUUUUGAAAGCCUUAAAACAGUAUGGUCCAAAAAGGACCGUAUGUUUCACUUAGCAAAUUUCCAACACUUAACCAUAGUCAUUUACAAAAGUGCAUUUUUUAACUAGAUUUUUUUUUGACAAAGCACAUGAAACCAACGAGACACUACUUUUGACAAAAUAACAGCGUAAGGAUUUAGUGUGCUAAUUGAAUUGUUUUCUGUCUUCAUCAGCUUCACUGCAGUAUUUGUAUCGAAAUCAAUUAACUUCAGUAAUUUUGGGUACUAAAAUCGUGUUGCCUAAUUGGCAAGUUUAAAUGUGGUGUUGUUGAAUGCUGUAUUUUCAACCCUUGUAAACCCCUACUAUGUAAUGGUUAAUUUCCAUGUAAAGGUUUUUCAGCAAAGUUCUGUACUAUAUAUUUCAAUUUGGAAGUCUUGCUGUCAUAGUAGGUUUAUUUUACAAUGCUGCAAUGACCUAACAAAAUUAGAGAUUCAAAUAUUAAAGCUGUAACAGAGGAACUAUUCAGUGCUAAUUUUACUCUCUUAACUUUCUUAAACAGACUGUAAGGUAUUCAAAAUGGUUAUUGCAGACUAAUGAAGUAGAUGCUAUAAACAGCUUCUUAAAGACCAAGUUUUAGUCAGUCAGCCUCUCAAAAUACUAAUGUUAUACAAAUCCUGAGGAAACUAGUUCUGCAUAUACAUGUGGACAUUCUAUAACUACAACUAUUUUGUGCCUCCAUCAGAAAAAUGCUGCAUGUUUCCUGCUGGCAUAAUGCACGUAGCAUUUUAAAUGAAUACUCUGGUGCGGUUCCUUUGGCUGCUAGAUAUACUUCAUGUCAAGUUGCUGUGGAUUAAUACAAUUGCCGAGCUUGCUUGAGUCACACCACCUCAGUUGGCUGGUCACCAAGCAAUGGUGGAUGAGUCUUUGGGCCUUAGUGACCUGGUGUUCCAUUUGGAAGAGAUUGUGAGGCUUAUUGCCAACCAGUUGAAUAAUGGGAUGAAUUUAUUUGCGGAAACCCCUGCCAAAUGCUUUUUGGAUACACUAUAGAACUGCUGAGCAACAUCAUAAUCCUAUGUCUGCAGGUGUCAACAACUAAAAUGUGACUGAUAUUGAGACUACCUGUGGCCUACAAAAAUGAUGUACAUUCUCUCCUCUUUACUGUCCAGUCAUUUUAAUAUUUAAGUGACUGUUGGCAGUGUACAAAUCAUGGAUUAAAAUACGAGUUUGUUUGGAAAAAGCAAAGUAGCAAGUAAUUGACAAACACCAGCUCAGUGCACAUAUCCAUUUUUUCCUUCCCUUUGAGGCUCUACAAUCUUUAAAGGGAGUAAAUGGAUGAUGGUUUCCACUUUUUUAGGCAGUAUCACUCUUGUUUGAGUGCAUGAAAAUGGGCAGCUUUGAUUCACCCUGAAGUUUUUCCCUGCUAAAGUGCAUAGGUAACGUUAUACUGAAGUAUCAAUACUUUUCUGGCACUUUUUUGACCCAAGAUGAUUGGACAUGAGACAGCAUUGAAUCUCUGUUAUACGACAGACUUAAAAAAAAAAUCUACUUUUAAAUAAUUUAUGGGAAUUUGGAAAUUUUUGUUCUAAUUCAAAAAUCUGUGUUUUAAAGAAAAAAUCCAAGUAUUGUGCCAAAUAUUUAAUUGGGACUGUACUUUUAUAAUAGUCUUCCUGCUUUCACCCAAAUCAGGUUGACAUUCUAGAACCAUGCCACCUAGAGAUCUCUGGGAUUGUAAAUAAUAGGACAAUAGAAUGUAUGUUUAUUUUAAUUCAGUAGAAAUUUCAACCUAUUUGGAUAUUGUGUGGUUUGAAUAGCAAAGCAGCAAAGUUUUACUUGUUAAAGGAAAUUUGGAUUAGUUUAUAAUGGAAUUCUCAAGGAACCUGUUUAGUAACGUGGCAAGGACUUUGCAGAGACAUUUUUAAAUGUCUACUCUGCACAUUCCUGUGAUAAUGUUUGAAUAUGCAGGUUUUUUUCUGGAGUAAAGGAACACCUCAAUGUGAAGUAUUGUGGCAGUAGACAGGGACCCUGCCCAAUUGUAAAUUCAAAUUGGCAUUUCAUGCAUUCAGAAGUGACAACGAUAACUACGUUGCCUGAAUAUACAGAGCCCUGUUGUAAAACCUCAAUCUAAUUAAAGCACAGAUACGUUGCUGAAAAGAGAGACAUGUUGUCGAGGCUUUCCGUCUUGCACUCAUCAGGAUAAAACAAAAGAGUGCCAAAUUUCAAACAAACACAUCAGUUUAUAAUAUGGAAGAAAAGGGUGCUGAUUGGUUGGCAAGUCAAUUCUGGCCAAGGCGUUGCCAGUGAGAAAGCAAGGGGAACUAUAGGCUCCCCAAGCUUCAGCAAUAUGCCUAUCUUUUCAGCAAUAUACAAGUUCUGUACUAUAAAGUGCAUGUCUAAACUCCUGCCUGAACAGCCCUCUGUUCUCUACAGAAUCUACAGUACAGAACCUUUUGCCAUUUAAUACUCUGCCAAUGGUGAAGAUUGUAGGCAGGGAUAUAUAUGUCCUGUACAAAGAGUUAUCAAAGUUUCAGUGUUGAAAUAAACAUUGUAAUAGCAGUAACCCCCACCCUCAUAUAUUGUAUCAUCUUUCUUGUUUGUUCCUUAAUGCUCUUUAUUUUCUUAGAUUCUAGCUUAGAUUUUAACUGUAGUAUAUUUCAUGCUUUGUAACCUGUAAGCUUCUUGGCUUCCAGGAACUGUUGUGGGGAUGAAGAAGAUUUUUAGGUCACAGGAGCUGUAAAAUGGGUAACUGAAUUUGGAAAAUAAGUGCACAAUUUUGUUUUAAACUAAUAAACCUUGCAGGAAAACCUAUAGCUGAUCUCGUAAAAGUACUGAAACCAAUAAUGACACUUCUGUUUAUGGACAGAAGUGCUUUGUUGCCAGUUUAAUCCUAAUCUUGUUGACCUCUUGUAGCUCAAACAAUAGUCAGUUAAAUGGUAAUUUCUGAUUUACUACCAUAACCUUCACUAUUAGAACAAUAUGAGCUACACAUCAGUACAUAAAUCUCCUUCAUUUUGUGCAACAGAUCAUUGGUAACUUCAUGUUAAAUGUAGUAUUUUAUUAUUUGCCACUUUUGCAAUAUCUAUAUACACCAACUGUGCUGAAACUCUGUUUUUCUAGACCCAGUGCCUACUGUAGAAAAUAUACCAAAUGAGGCCUUUAAAAAGAAAGUCCUUCGCUACUAAUGAGGUUUUAAUAUGUUUCAAUAUAAUUAAUUUUUUUCUAUUAUGAUGAAAAUAAAACUGCCAGAACUGACUUUUAAUUGUGUGUAAUCAAUGUAUUAAUGAAACCACAUCAUCUUUGUCGAUGUGUUGCCUAGAUUUAUAAUCAAGAUGGUCAUUUUGGUCAUAAAGUUUGAUUUUUUUAUAUAGUAACUGUUGGCCUGAAUUGCUGCUAAUUAACUUUGAAAAUUGCAUAAUGGUUCAAAAUAUAGUCUUCAUGACUACAUUCAUGUUAAUGAGCAUGUUAUGAACGUCUAAUCUGUAUCACUAUUAAUGCAGUCUAGGUUUUUGAACAAAAAUUGAUGCUUGGCAAAAAAGGUACUGCAAAACAUGUAUCCAGAUAAAAAUGUUAUAUUUAUGUAUAAUUCUGUACAGGAGAUGCCCGAAAUAGAACUGUUACUGUAAUGCUGGUCGUAAAGUUACUUCUCAAAUUUUCACUUUCUUUAAAGAAUCUUAAUUUAUUUACUUGUGUGUCCAAACUUGGGAGUGAGCUACACUAUCUUUUUUAUCAAAACUCUUGCAAAACUGGUAGAAAUCACAUACAAUUCCCUGAAUACUUCUGUAAUGACAUGAAUAUUGUUUAAGAAGAAAAAGCAGCUUUGUAGCUAUUAGACUAUAACCUUCUGGAUUGCUUGAGACCAAGUCACUUCCGGAUUUCAGAAUUUUCUGGAUUAUAGAAUGAUGUUAGAAUGUCUGAACCACAAAUGUGAACCAGGAAACACCAUAGAAAUAAAUAUUUACCCGAAACAUAAAAUAGUGAUGAAACAUAAAGCAGUAAUAAAAUUGUUUUGCUUAUUCAAA